UCUUGCUUUAUUCCUCAAUAAUCCUUGCUUUUUUAACGACAUUUCUUCCUUCUAAUGUAUAAAGAUUUAAUUUUUGUAUAAAUGCCGUGAAUCUGGUUCAAUAUGGAUAGUGAUUGUGAACGGCUUGUUGAAGAAAUGUGGCAGUCAUAUUUGUGCGAAGAAAACUUGGACAGUUUCUACGAAACAUCUACAUUUGGUCCACUUUUGAACACCACACAGUCAGGAACCGAAACACCGGAUCAGCAAGAUAUAGAUUUAGUCAAUGCUGUACUUGGUGUUCAAGAUGGCUGGGAACCUCUAGAAGAUAUUUUUGGUCUUUUGGAAGAKAUUUUGUGUGAAGGACAAGAUGUAGAAUGUAACCUUUGUGAUCAAUCAAAUGCAGAUCAACAAGAAACCCAGAAACAAAUCUGCAAAAAUACAACUACAGAAAAUGUUACCCCUACAUUAUAUAACAAAAAUGAAACAGAAAAUAAUGUUAUAAACAGCAAUCAUAUGUUAAUGGAGAUCAAAAGAACUCCAUAA